CUAAAAUCUGCAGAGCAUAUGAAUGAGCAUUUAAAGCUGCUGCAUGAUGAGGUCAGUCCAGCUGUAUUAAAGAAGAAAUCUGAGGAGCACAGCCCUCAAGAGAACAUACUAAAACCGUUUGAAACCAUAGAGCUGCUGAUAUUAGAGGAUUCAGCCUCCAAGGAGACAGAGCUGAACAAUUCUGAACCAACAGAACCAAGAGCUGUGCUGAGAAAUGAAACAAAAAUGAGCAAACCUGAGCCUAUCGAACCAAAGACUAUAAAUGAUAGAAAAUCUAAAGAGAAUAAACUUGGUGAUGUUUACAGUAGGCAUAGAAAGCAUACAUGUCACCAGACAGCUCUGACUGAUGAGAAACAAGAAGGGGAACAUAUUUGUAUAAAUCAGAUGAACAAGAACCUGCCAGAGGCAAAACCCAAGCUGGAGUGUCUGGUUAGGAAGCAACCACAUCAAGCAUCAUCCAGAAUUCCUAUACAAGCGAGAGGAGGGUUAACUAAGUUACCCAUCAGCAAAGCAGACAUUAGCAAUCGUCCAGUUGGGCUUCGAGCUCCUAAAGCUGGCACACAUAGACAGCCAUUUGGAAAACCACUGGGGCAGAACAAGCCUACUUCAUCUCCAUCUCCUGAAAAAUUGUCCCUAGGAGGAGUUGCUCCAGUUAGAUCAACAGUUCCUGCACCAAACAGUCCCACCUCGCCCUCAAAACUUCCACAACUCCAGCUGAUUGGUGCACCUAAGUUCGGGCAGUCAGACCAGCCAAACGUUUCCAGGAAACGUUCUGCAUCCUUAACAAAGUAUAGUGGCUCAUCUCCUGGAAUUUCCUGUCCAGCACAAGUAAAGAAGCAGGUGAUUAAAGGAUCUCCGCUAAACAAGUAGAAUAGUCAUCAAACUGUUGUAUACUAAUUUCAUGAAUGUGAAGAUGUGCAAUAGAAAACACAUUUUUAAUGAACUUUUAUUGAAUCGUGUGAGUUGAUCUCACAUAAAACUAUGCUUUAUUUAUUCUAUUUAGCCAACAGAAAGUUAAUACAGAAUUAAUAUAGGGUUUCCCAUAUACAAACAAGUUUUUCUAAAUAAUGAAUGUGUUAUGUAAAUAGACUUUUAGAUAAAGCUUUAUGAUUGUCCUCAAAGCUAUUAAUAUGUAACUAUGUACUUUUCCAUUCAGCUCAAUAUAAAUGAUCAAUAAUUGGUCUUAUUAAAUCA